AUUGUAGCCCGCAAAGGUUCAACAUGUUUUUCGAUCUAAAAGUUUGUUUUACAUUUCUGAUUCAGGCUUUUCUCUCGGCUCUAGUAUUCGCCUGUCCAGCGGAUGAGGAAUGUAUCGGAUUGAGUACUUGUUACCCACUCAUGAGGAUUCUAAGGCCCCGGGGAAUGACGACGGCUGAGAUGGAAGUAUUUCAAACCCGACAGUGCGGCCAAGACAGCAAGGGACCUGCAUUGUUGCACAGAGUUUCAGUCUGCUGCCCGAAGAGAGGUGAUGUCCUGCCAAAUAGCCAGAUCUGUGGCCAAACGCCGCCCGCUUUCCAUAUUACAGCUGGAGAGGAGGCACCUCUGAAUGGGUUCCCCUGGAUGGCCGCGCUAUUAUAUGCGAACCCUCGCAGUCCGACGCAGGACACUGUCUCCAAGUGCGCGGGAUCCUUGAUCACCAAUCGCUACGUGCUCACCGCAGCCCAUUGUGUGGAAGUAAAUAAUUGGGUGCUUCGCAGGGUGCGCCUCGGAGAGCAUGACACGACCUCAAAUCCAGACUGCAUCACGCUUAUGAGUGGAAGGAUGAAAUGCGCUCCUCCGCACCUGGAGAUCAACGUGGAGCAGGCCGUGAAGCACGAACACUACUUUGUCACAGGGGGGAAGCACUACAACGACAUCGCCCUGCUGCGACUCCAAUUUCCGGUUAGGUACACGAAUCAAAUCCUACCCAUUUGUAUUUUGCCCACCGAUCACUUCUCGAAUCCCUCCUUCGAAAACUACAAUUUGCAAGUCGCUGGCUGGGGAAAUUCCCAUUUGCACACUUCUAGCAAUGUUCUAUUGCAAGCUUACGUCCAAGGAAGCAAUCCGGAUGAGUGUUCAAGAAGGUUCCCAUCCCUAGGGAUCGACAAGGAGACCCACAUAUGCGCAGGUGGCCAGGACGGAGUGGACACCUGCAAGGGCGACUCUGGCAGCCCGCUGAUGGCCACAAUGGGAUGGGGCGUGGACGAGUUCGUAUAUUUGGCUGGGAUCACCUCCUACGGCUUUGACCAGUGCGGGGAUGGGCCAGCAGCUUACACAAAAACUUCAAGCUAUGUCAGUUGGAUACGGAGGAACAUGUGGUGA